CGAAAACAUCGUGAAGAUACACCAAAAUGCACGAGAUAAUCACCCUGCAACUUGGCCAGCAGAGCAAUUACCUGGCCACACACUUCUGGAACGCCCAGGAAUCAUAUUUUACGUACGCCGAGGAUGAAGAAUCCGCCAUAGACCAUGACGUACACUGGCGUCCUGGUCUCGGCGCAGAUGGGUCCGAGACAUUCAUGCCUCGGACCGUGAUCUACGAUCUCAAGGGUGGUUUUGGCUCAUUGAAAAGGAUCAACGCCCUAUACGACAUCCAGGACGACGACCCGGCCCAGUCCUCGUCCUUAUGGGGCGGCCAGGCCGUGGUGCAAAAGGCCGAGCCGAUCGAGCCCAGCGCGUAUCAGAAGUCUCUGGAUGCCGGCCUCGAGCCGCCGCAGCUCACCACCGAGUCGGUUCGCUACUGGUCUGAUUUCAACCGGGUUUUCUACCACCCCCGAAGCAUUGUUCAGCUUAAUGAAUACGACCUGAACUCCAGCAUCGCGCCUUUUGAGCGGUGGAAUUCGGGCGAGGAGCUGUUUGCGGACCUGGACAAGGAGCACGACCUCGUGGACAGGGACAUGAGGCCCUUCGCCGAGGAGGCUGACCACAUGCAGGGCAUCCAAAUCAUGACAACUGUGGACGACGCUUGGGGCGGCUUUGCGUCGCGGUAUAUUGAGAAACUGAGGGAUGAGUACGGCAAAACCACGAUUUGGGUCUGGGGCCUGCAGGAGGGAUUCCAAGGUGUGAGCAGAGACAAGCGUCUUCUGCGACUGGUCAACAAGGCGAAGUCGCUCACCGAAAUCUACAAGCAAGCUUCGCUGAUCAUCCCCAUCGCCAUCCCAUCUUCAUUCUCACCAAGGCUCCGCAACGUACUCUCUCUGGACACCUCCUCAGCUUGGCACACCUCAGCGCUGCUUUCCACGGCCAUAGAAUCCGCUACGCUUCCGUUCCGCCUGAAAGAUGCCAGGAAUAGGGACACGCUCGGCAAUAUGACCGAUCUGCUCAACCUGCACGGCAAGCAGACGGUUGCAAACCUGCAGAUGAGCUUUUCAGGGGCAGACGAUACGCCACACAGCGAGGAUGUAGGCGACGAGCCCAAAGAUGGCCUGAGUCUCGACCUGGACCUACGCCCAGCGGAUGACCUCGGGGCCGGGGAUGGCAGGAAGCAGAACGGCUACCAUCGCGCGCCAAAGAUAUUCAGCCAGGUCCUUGCGAGCCGGGGCGAGCGUGCUGAUGAUGAAGAAGAGGAUGAGAAAGAAGAAGAAGGAGACGACAGGUUACGCAGGCGAACAAGGAGCGAAGCCAUCAGCAGGAGAUACCGCUCCACACUAAGCUACCCGCUCCCGGACAGCUUCCCGCACAUAUUCAGGGACGGCAAGAGCGGGGAGAACCUCAAGCAGAGCGCGGUGACAACGUCGCUAUCUACGGAUGCAGCGCUGUCAGGCCGCCUGAAGUCCCUUCGGUCGACAGUCACGCGCCUGAUAGGCGUGGAGGAGAGGGAAGCGCUGAGUAACGAGCUCGCCGAGAUGGCGGACGAGUAUCACGAGGGGUGGUCUAGCGGCAGCGACAGCGGGGAGGACGACUGAUUAGUUCCUCCAUAGCUUUAAGAAUGAUACCAUGGCAUCAUAUAUGA